UAUAAGCCUUGUGUCUGUUGUGUUUUAUCUCAGUUGGACUUCAUCAGUUCGGUGUAUCUCAGCAUGGAGGGGACCUACGUCAGGCACGUGGAGCUGUUGGGCUUCGAGAAACGUCUCUUCCCGAGUCAGCACUACGUGUACAUGCUGAUGGUGAAAUGGAGCGACCUCUCGGAAAAGCUGAUCUACAGGACGUAUCCUGAGAUCCACACCUUCCAUAAAUCGCUGAAGGAGAUGUUUCCCAUCGAGUCUGGACAAAUAGAGAAGAAGGACAGGAUCAUCCCUUCAUUACCAGCGCCGCGGUGGCUGGACAGCCAGAAGUCGACAGAAACCAGGCAGGGCACUUUGGCGGAGUACUGCCACUCGCUCAUCAACCUGCCGCCUCACAUUUCCCGCUGCAAACACCUGGCCGGCUUCUUCAAGGUCCGACCAGAGGACGAGAACCCACCUGCUCCAAACACACUGAAAAGAAAUGAGACGUUUGUGGUGUCCAGGGAGCUAGCCAGAGGCGUCGCAUCCGAGAUUUCUGGGCCCAUCAUAUUGGACACCUACAGAGUGAUCGCAGACUUCACCAAGACGUCCAAACAUGAGAUCAACCUGCACACCGGAGACCAGGUGGAGAUUGUGGAGAAAAAUCCGAACGGUUGGUGGUUCUGCCAGUGUGAGUCUAAACGAGGCUGGAUUCCUGCAUCUUACUUGGAGCCUCUGGAUGGACCCGAGGAGGCUGAGGACCCUGAACCAAACUACGAAGGUGAGCUGCACGUCACCAUCAAAGCCUACAAGGCAGAGCAGGAGGACGAGAUCUCUCUGGAGCUUGGUGAAACCGUCGAGGUCAUUCACAAGCUCCUAGAUGGCUGGUGGGUCAUCAGGAAAGGAGACGAGACCGGUCAUUUCCCCUCCAUGUUCCUGCACAAGGCCGGCAAGAAAGAGAUAUAUGAAGCAGAGAGGACAAAGGUGCAGGGACAGAAACCACCACCUCGCAGGUCCACCAUCCGAAAUGCGAAGAGCAUCCACAGCAAGUCUCGGCAGAGGAUCAGCCAGGACGCCUACCGCAGGAACAGCCGUCGAUACCUCCAGCAGAAGGGCGGCCGCCUCGCCGAGCCGCACAGGAACUCCAAGAAUGCUGAAAAGUCACCGCUGAGGGAGAGGAAGAACCAGGACAACAUUCCCGACCAGUCUAGCUCCAGUUCUGAGAGCGAGCUGAAGAAGGAGGCUCCGGUCAUCCCUCCACGGCCCAGCCCGGAGCUCAUCCUGGAGCGCUGUAGCGACAACACCCGCAAGAAAGUCAGCAUCCACAAGUCACGCCCCAGCGCCACCUGCUAGAAUGGAGAUUCACCGUGCGUCUUAGAAGUUGCAAUGAAAUAGCCUUUGAGAGCUUCUUUUCUUCGUCUAUUUGUAUACGAGUAUGAGAGCAAACCAAAGUGAGAUAGGCAGGUGGUUAUUUGAGAAAAAUAUAUAGAAAUUAGAAUGUACAGGGAAAUAAAUAAGGAAUUUUGACACAAAGGUGGAAACCAUUUUUUUAAUUGUUUGUGACUGUAAAGAAUAACUUCAUUCUUUUUUUGUUGUCAAAAAUUCCUGUGUAAAGACCAUGAUAGAGCGUCUCCCAAUAUUUUCUGACUUCCUGUAUGUGGUUCUCAGCUCUAAGCCCAUUGGGUCCUACUAAAGUAAUAAAUCUCACACAUAUGUAGUUUCAAUUUUUAAGGUUCAAUUAUUACAGCUUCUAUAGGUAGUUUUCAACCAAACAAAUAGGAGAAAAUAUUGCAUUUGUUGGGGGCCAUUUUUAGCAGCGGUUUAAUCCACAUUUGGUGCUCUAGUUUGGGGCAACAGGAUGGUGUUAUAAGAAUAGUUUUUGUGCUUGCUGUUUUGGUCUUUUGAGAGAAAUUUGGAGAUUUGGUGACAAAAGGACAGAUACAAAAAAAUCACCAGCCCCUCUGUGUGAGUUUUUUAAAUAUCUUUCCUUUGGUGCCAUCUGGUUGCCAUGUCAAGAAUAACCAACAACCACACAAAUAGAAACUGAAUGAGGGCACAGUCACACACUUGUGAAAUUAACAUUGGCAAACAUUCGCCUCUCAUUCACUUCCAUUCAAUGCUUCACUUUUACGUUCAACUUCAUGUUCAACUUUAGUGAACUUUGCCCGGCGAGUUCGCAGCCUCGACGUAAGAACAAAGACAUGUGUGUGUUCGACUCAGUUUGGCUGCCAUUGUCACAUCCUGCGCUGCCUACAUUCAGCAGGCUUUGGUUUGAUGUGUUCACCUCUACUUCGCUAUUGGCUGCUGCUGUUCAUAUUUACAUUGCGAGAAAAAGAAACGAUGUAAAAGCUGUAUUUCUUAGUGAAAGCUGAAUUUAUUUUGUUUAGCAUUAUUAAAAGAUUUUUUUUGAUAAAAUGAAUAUUGUUUCUGUUUGUAACAUACGUGUGGAAGCAUUUAGAUCUAUCUCUAUUAUAUUCUGUAGCUUUGCUUUUAUUUAUUUGCUUAUGUAUACAAUAAUAAAGCAAAAUGGUAAGCUUUUA